GUUUUCCCCCUUCCUAGCGGCGGACUAGCGAGAUUAAGCUAACUGACUGAACUCAAAAUGUCAGGUGUUGUGGAAACUUUGGACGAACCUGUGGACGUCAAAGAUGAUAAAGAGUUUGAUGUAGAGACAGAGGACCACUUCGGAGAUGAUUUCAUGAACGACCCGACUCGAUAUUUAUUUUACAGAGACAGAAAGGAGUGGUCUGACCUGCAGCCUGUACCCCAGGAUGAUGGACCAAAUCCUGUGGUGAAGAUCGCCUACUCUGACAAGUUUGCAGAUGUUUAUGACUACUUCCGUGCUCUCCUGAAGAAUGAUGAAAAAAGCGAGCGGGCCUUCGCUUUAACCGCAGAGGCCAUCGAGCUGAAUGCUGCCAAUUACACCGUGUGGCACUAUAGACGAGUACUGCUUCAAGCCCUGUCUAAGGACCUCAGAGAGGAAAUGAGGUACAUUACUGCUAUCAUUGAGGAGCAACCCAAAAACUACCAAGUCUGGCAUCACAGACGGAUGGUGGUGGAGUGGUUGAAUGACCCCUCAGAAGAAUUGGAGUUCAUCGCAGACAUUCUCAGUCAAGAUGCAAAGAACUAUCACGCCUGGCAACACAGACAGUGGGUCAUCCAGGAGUACAAACUGUGGGACGACGAGCUGGAGUUUGUGGAAAAUCUUUUGGAGGAAGAUGUGAGGAAUAACUCUUCGUGGAACCAGAGACAUUUUGUCAUUUCUCACACCACAGGCUUCUCUGACCCAGCCAUAGUAGAGAGAGAGAUUCAGUACUGCCUGAAGCAGAUCCGGAAGGCUCCCCACAAUGAAAGCGCAUGGAACUAUUUGAAAGGGAUGCUGCAGGACAGAGGUCUGUCGUCUCCACCAGGUCUGCUGCAAAGGAUCCUGGAGCUGAAGGAGACGCAUUGUUCAACUUAUCUUCUCGCUUUUCUGUUUGAUUGCUAUGAGGACGCUUUGGAGAGCAGCAACCAAAAAGAGAAUAUGGAGGAAGAGGAACAAAAGCAAACUUUACAAAAGGCUCUAGCAAUUUGUCAACUUCUGGCACAUGAGAAGGACACCAUCCGCAAGGAGUACUGGCUGUUUUUGGGACGUUCUUUAAAGAGCAAAUGUGGAGUUCCCUCCAGUGAGCCCACAGCAGAUGUUCCUGACCCAACAGUCCCUACAUCUGGGAAACCGGCAGUGAGCUAGACCUCCACAAGCCUUGCAACAUUUCCACUUCUGCUCUGCUUCAUAAAUCUGUCAAGAGAACCAACCUAUGAGUUUAAUAUGACUGUAAUUUGCUACAUUGUAUGAGUGAAGGAUAAUCACUAACAAGAGAUCAGCUUAGAGAAGUGAGCAUUGUUAAAAUAAAGAGAUGGACCUCUUAGCAUAAGUCCUUAACAUGGAACAGGAGAAACUAAGCUCUGUUUUAACGUGUGAUAGAAAAGUGUAUCAUGUUACAUUUAGUUUGUCACCAUUCUCAGUAGAAAGAACUACAUACUCAUGAGCUGAUUUAAAUGUGUCUUAUAUCACCUUUAGAGUUGUAAGAGAAGUCACUCUUUGUUUAGAUUGGUAAUAAAUGUCUUUGUCUUUCACACCCA